GUUGACUUCCAGCGAGGCAGUCUUCCUUCAUUCACUCAAUCCGUGAUCUCGGUUCGAACCAGUUGUCGAUUUGUGAAGUUAGUUUUUGUGUGUGUUUCCGUGUUCGUGCGGCCUUAUUCAUUGCAGGCCUUCCCCGAGCUUUGUCCCGGUGCCCUCUCCCGUCACUAGUUUUUGGUGGUGUAUUGUGCAGCUGUUUUAUCUUCCCCCGAAAGGCGCAUCCAGUGUACCCUUGGGAACUACGGACCGUCAGAUUUAUGUGCUGUUUUUCGCUUUGAUUGUUUAUCACCACCACCACCACAUCUUUGGCAGCAGGAUAACGCCGGCAAACAUCGGGAGGCACCAUGGACGCAAAAACCGAACCGGAAGUGCCACCGGCACCAGUGAGUGAGGAACCGUUUCUUGGUCCCCUGGACAUCGUGCUGCUGCUGAUACUGGUUGCCGGAGCCGCCUGGUAUCUGCUUAAAAACCGGAAAAAGGACACCCAGACCAGUCAGUUCAAAUCGUACUCGAUACAGCCCACAACAGUCAACACGAUGACCAUGGCGGAGAAUUCGUUCAUCAAGAAGCUAAAGUCCUCCGGCCGUCGGCUGGUGGUGUUCUACGGUUCCCAAACUGGAACGGCGGAAGAGUUCGCCGGACGGCUGGCGAAGGAAGGUCUGCGCUACCAGUUGAAGGGUAUGGUAGCGGAUCCGGAGGAGUGUGAUAUGGAAGAACUGCUCUCGUUGAAGGAUAUCGACAAAUCACUGGCUGUGUUCUGUAUGGCCACUUACGGCGAAGGUGAUCCCACGGAUAAUUGCAUGGAAUUUUAUGAGUGGAUCCAGAACAACGACGUCGACAUGGCUGGACUGAACUAUGCAGUGUUUGGACUUGGAAACAAGACAUACGAACAUUACAACAAAGUCGGUAUCUACGUUGACAAACGUCUAGAGGAACUUGGCGCUACCCGUGUCUUCGAGCUGGGACUUGGAGACGAUGAUGCAAAUAUUGAAGAUGAUUUCAUCACCUGGAAGGACAAAUUCUGGCCGGCGGUUUGCGACUACUUCGGCAUCGAGAGCACCGGCGAGGAUGUGCUGACGCGUCAAUACCGGCUGCUGGAACAGCCGGAAACUCCUCCGGAGCGGUUGUACAGCGGGGAAAUUGCUCGGCUGCAUUCGCUGCAAACGCAGCGACCUCCGUUUGAUGCGAAGAAUCCCUUCCUGGCGCCGAUCAAGAUCAACCGAGAGCUGCACAAAGCCGGUGACCGCUCCUGCAUGCACAUUGAGUUUGAUAUUGAGGGUUCGAAAAUGCGAUAUGAGGCUGGCGAUCACUUGGCGAUGUAUCCGGUGAAUGAUUCCGAUUUGGUGCUGCGACUGGGCAAGUUGUGCAAUGCUGAUUUGGACGUAAUCUUUUCGCUGAUCAACACCGACACGGACAGUAGCAAAAAGCAUCCAUUCCCUUGUCCGACAACUUACCGCACUGCUUUGACACACUAUCUAGAAAUAACGGCUUUACCGAGAACGCACAUUCUGAAGGAGUUGGCUGAAUAUUGUAGCGACGAAAAAGAUAAGGAGUUUUUACGUUCCAUGUGCUCUACUGCACCAGAGGCUAAAUCCAAGUACCAGGAGUGGGUUCAGGAUAGCUGUCGAAAUAUUGUGCAUGUUUUGGAGGAUCUUCCCUCGUGUCACCCACCGAUCGAUCACAUUUGCGAGCUGUUGCCCCGUCUGCAGCCACGUUUUUAUUCGAUUUCCUCCUCGUCGAAGCUAUAUCCAACCACGGUCCAUGUCACGGCCGUUCUUGUGAAGUACGAAACCAAAACGGGCCGUGUAAACAAAGGUGUUGCGACGACAUUCCUCGCCCAGAAGCAUCCGGUCAAUGGGGAACCGUUACCGCGAGUGCCGAUCUUUAUUCGCAAGAGCCAGUUCCGGUUACCGGCGAAGACGGAAACACCGGUCAUCAUGGUGGGACCCGGAACCGGACUGGCACCUUUCCGAGGUUUCAUCCAGGAGCGGGAUUUCCACAAACAGGAGGGAAAAGAGAUCGGGCAGACCGUGCUGUACUUUGGCUGCCGGAAGCGGGCUGAGGAUUACAUCUACGAGGAGGAGUUGGAAGACUACGUUAAGCGGGGCGUCAUCAAGCUGCGGGCAGCCUUCUCUCGGGAUCAAGCUCACAAGGUGUACGUUACACAUCUGCUGGAGGAAGAUAUGGACCUGCUGUGGAAUGUGAUAGGGGAGAAGAAGGGACAUUUCUACAUCUGCGGUGAUGCCAAGAACAUGGCCACCGAUGUGCGAAACAUUCUGCUCAAAGUGCUGCAAACGAAGGGCAACCUGAGCGAGAGUGAAUCCAUCCAGUACAUCAAAAAGAUGGAGGCCCAGAAGCGGUACUCGGCCGAUGUGUGGAGCUAAUUGCGUCCGCUUCCCAGAUAUGCGUUGGGGUAGUGCUAAAACAAGUGUCCUUGCUUUCAUUCACCAAUCAAUCGCACAAUCUCCGAUCGUCAAACCCUGUCUGGGGUAGAGAGAGAAUAAGUAAUAGGAACGAAAGAAAGAUAGAGAAAGAGAGCGAGGUCUUUUAAACUGUGCAGUCGACUGAAUGUUGUGUUUGCUAUUAGGACAUGCAGAAACUGGUAUUUUUACUUGUUUAAAAUAGGCAGUAGCUUACCUGAUAGCUUUUUUUAAAAUUUUCUUUAUUGUGGGGUUCCUUGUUUUGUUUUCCUUUUAACUCUAUACCGUCACUGAAUUUUCAAGUGUCCAGCGCACUUUCACCCAAGAAUACGCUCAUUUACAUUCAGAUAGACGGCUCAGCAUGCAGAUCGAAGGCGUUCUUCUGAUUAGUGAUGAAGAACGCCAGUUCAUAGAUUAUUAUAUUAUGUUAAGUAAGAGAAGAUUGAGGAGCGGAGAUCAAACAAAAACGUUGAGUACGAUACAAGUGAACUGAGAAGUAUACUGCGGGGAAGUCUGUGACAAAGUAACGAAGUUGUUAGUUUACAUUUAGAAUUGAGAAUGCAAUACCUUUUUUUGGAGAAAUAUUUGAUGGUUAGCUAAUUAA